CGACCCGGAAAUCGAACCCGGAAACUUCUUGCUGUGAGUGCACCGUCUGACCCGGGAGCAGGGGCAGUGAGCAGAGGGCGUGGGGCUGUGUGAGACUGACAGAUGAUGGUCCUGGAUCAAGAGACAAAAAUAGUUUGUGCUUUUCAACUUCAAAAUGAGGGCCCACACAAGAGGAUGCUGUAAGGAUUCUUCAAAAGACAAUAGCUUCCAAUGAACAGUGCAGUAGCGGAACAUCCCCUCCUACAAUGAGGUCUGCUGGGAUCUGUUUUCUUCUGCUAUCAAACUGGUCAUGGGUCAUAUGUGCACCUCUAGAAGCAGAAACCAAAGAACUGCAGUACCUCAUUGAGCCUCCUGUAUAUGCUGAGGUGACAGGCCGCAGAGGGGACAAUGUCACCUUACCAUGUUUACUGAGAAAUAAACCUAAACAUUACAAAGUUAAAUGGACCAAACUGGACCCGGAGUCGAUGGGAGUGCAGAAUGUUGUCAUGAUGCUCAGUGCUCAGGGCUACAAACCCUACGGCCAUUUGGGAAAACGCGCCUCACCCCGGAACGCCCACGCCAUGGAUGUGUCCUUAGAGCUCAGCCACCUGACGCUGGAGGACGGAGGCAGGUACCGCUGUGAGCUCAUCGACGGCAUAGAGGACGAGAACGUGGUCAUUACUUUGAGUAUAGAAGGAUUAGUGUUCCCAUAUCAGAGCAAACACGGCCGAUACAGAUUCACUUUCCAUGAGGCAAAGCAGGCGUGUGCGGAGAAUGAUGCCAUUUUAGCUACAUUUGACCAGCUCUACCGAGCCUGGACAGAGGGCUUGGACUGGUGUAAUGCCGGCUGGGUCCAUGAUGGGACUGUGCACUACCCGAUCAUCCAGCCUCGAGCGGCCUGUGGAGAAGGGCUGCUGCCGGGCAUCCGCAGCUAUGGACCCAAGGACAAGAAGCGUGAUCAUUUCGAUGCAUUCUGUUUCACCUCGUUAGCGCCUGGAUCUGUCUUCUAUGCGCGGGGCUCCUUCUCCUAUAAGCAGGCAGAGCUUGCUUGUGCAGAGAAAGGAGCAAAGCUAGCUGACGUUGGACAGUUAUACUCUGCCUGGCAUUUCCACCAGUACGACCGGUGUGAUGGAGGAUGGCUGAGGGACGGCAGUGUGCGCUUCCCCAUCAGCAACCCCAGGAGGCGCUGUGGUGGUGUCUCAGAGGCUGGGGUGCGCUCUUUUGGGUUCCCGGACAGAAACGCUCACCUUUACGGGGCUUACUGUUAUCGGUAAUGAGUGGGUAACUAUAAUUUGGACUUGUGUGAAUGUAAAUCUUACUAUUGCUGCUUUAAUUUUUUUGUUUUAUGAAUAUGGUUGUGACUGUAAGUAUUUGUGUAUGUAAUUACAACAUGACUAAAAUCAAAUCAAGAUGAUGGGACUAUUUUCUGUGUCUUCACUUGUGGAUUUAAUAGAUACUGUAUAUACAACUAAAUAUACUCGUGUUUAUCCAUGUUGUUAUUCUACAUGCUGACAAAA